AGAUAUCAAAAGUGUUUGUAUUCGGAUAGGCAUCUGGUGUUUCUAUCCCAUUACGCGUGUCGCUUUUUUCUUACGUUUCAAAUCUACUCGGGUGAAACUGGCACGCGAUCAAAGGGCGCCGAAGGAAAGCGAAAGCUACUCGCGUGCAGGUGCAGCUAAGAAAAGUGGGACCUCGAGUUAUGAGAAAAUAAAAAAAAAACAAAAAGAAAUAGCGUAAACUCGGCGAUAGUUAUUCUUCGUGAACGCGUUAUGCCGCAAGGAUCUCAUAGCUUCUCUGAAUGGAAAGUUGGUUCGCGUAGGCGAUCUGGGUGCGGGGGCGGCGCGAGUCCGAUGAAUCUGCGGCCGCCGCGACUAUACUCCGCAUCAAGAAACGCGCCGCGCGCUCUGAAAAAUUUCUGUUGCACAGGUGUCAGGCAGUUCUUCGCAUUGUACAGUUUGUAGCCGACGUUAUACCUCACGCGAUAUCCUAACUGAAAAUCGAACAAAAAAAAAAAUCAGUGAAUUUUUCGUCGUCAUUAAAAGUGAUCGUGAUUUACAAGUAUUCGUCGAUACGUCGUUAAAAAUUAUUGGGGAGGAGCGACGCAGCUUAGUGUCGUACGGCUGCCGUUAAAGCCGAAAUUUCAUUGUUUAGUCGAUGAUGAUUCACCCGCGUGUCACCCUCUCGCUCCUUUUCAAAUUACAGUCAUCCCGCAGCAAGAUAUAACAGUGAAGUUUUUGCGUCUUCGAUCACCCGUUAUCAUCGAAGACCUAUGUCGUAAGACAUCAGUAAGGAUAAGCGCAUAUAUUAGAGAAGUAAAAAAGAGACAGAAAAAAAAAACAACAAAAACUUAAUUGAUAAAUGGCAACAGAUGUGCCGCCCAUCCUUCUACCGUGCGCGAUAUGCUCGCGGACAUUCAAGCCACAGUCGUUGGAAAAGCACAAGAUCAUCUGCGAGAAAUCGGCAGCGAAAAAACGGAAACCAUUCGAUUCGGCGAAGCAACGUAUCCAGGGUACAGACCUAGCCGAGUUUCUGCCGAAGCAGGGAAAGAGGCGAGUCCAUCACGAGGACAGAUCAUCGAAACCAAAGACAUCAUGGAAACAAACGCACGAUGAAUUUCUUCGAGCUAUUCGAGUGGCGCGCGGCGACGUUGACGAUGCACCGACGACCAGAUAUACGACAUCCGUAGCCCCUACGGCGGCGCCGACUCGUGCGAACGAAAAGGGCACGUGCCCAACUUGUAACCGACAGUUCGGUAUAAAAGCGUACGAACGCCAUGUGGCAUGGUGCAAAGAAAGGGCUACUCGUCUUCCGGUUAGCCCGGCUACGAAUAUCGCCAAGGAACGUCUAGAGGCUCGCAUUAAUUACCGAGCACCUGCGCUCAGAAAUCGACGUCUAACGAACAGGGAAAAAUAUUCACCGGGAUCGGCGAUAAACGUCUUUACAGCGGGAAAAAUGUCGCCACCGGGACCGAAACCCAAGGAGAGCGCCUCGGCACCGAUCUGCUCGAAGGCCAACGAUAGCCUUGGAAAACUGAAACCUGCGGUCGUUAGACGAUUGACACAAAACAGAGGAGAACCGUCGAGCAUACCUGGGCCUAUGAAGUCACGUCUUUCGGAUCGAGAUAACAGGAAUGAACUGUCGUUUCGGGUGGUCCAUCGUAGUUAUUCGAGAAGUCCGCCAAACUUUAAUCUCAUGCUUAGACGUAGAAUCGGAGCGAACGACGACUACGAUCCGUUUCUGGCAGCUGAAAGGCAGAUGAACGAGUUGUUCGCAGCUGAUACGAGCGAUCAAUUUUUGACGGAAAGUCCGGCGUCGAACGGCGAUCGCUCUCCGUCCGGCGAUACCAAAAUUGUUUCCCAAUUUCCGCUUUCCCAUUCCUCGGCUUUCGUUCAAUAUCCAUCUGCAUCGCGGUCCAAUAAACGAGCUUCCGUUAUCGCACCGCCGUCGGAAUUCGACGAUUUCACAUCGGAUUUCUCGAGCGAUUCCACCGAGACAAAUUCAACCGCGCAAGAUUUUUUCAUCAACAAUUUAAACGCUCAAACUCGAGAGGUGAACGACACCGGUAAAAUUCCAACCGAGGACUGCACCAGACGUGUAGUAAUUGACAAGUCAAAGGCCGUUUCCGGCAACGACGUUAACGCGAACUCCUGUCGCGGGAAAACGUUCGUUAGCUCCGUAGAAAAGUCGCGAAAAAUUCUAGAAAAAAUUUCACCGAAAGUAACGCGACCCGCAGUGAACAGGUCACAUUCGGUUCGUUCUGUGCGCGCCACGUCCGCGCCUAGGGCACCGGAACGAAAAAGUUCAUUGAAAAAAACAGUCUCCUCGAAAAGCGAUUACGGUGUUUCGCAAAACACUUCGAAUAACAACAAUUACGCCGCUCUGUCCGGCAGCAAUUUGAGUCUCAGUUCCAUGCUGUCCUCGGAGGCAGACAUCAAAAGAUCGAAUUCGGUAUUCGACGAACUCCUAAGCUCCUUCGAGGACGACGGUUCCUCCUUUCCCUCCCUAAAAUCCUUCCUAAAAAGUGAUUCCGUGUCCACUUCAAUGUCCAGUCAGGUACCAGACGGCAGAUUACGCAACGGGAUGAUCAGCGACGAGGAACUUUCGUCACCGGACAGCUACAAGCGACAGAAUCACAGCAAACUCAGCGCCGAUUCCGCCUACAGCAGGAAUUUAUGGAAGCGGAGUCCUGGUUACCGAAGGAGUAAGGGGCGAGGGUGGAUACCUGAUAAACUCUACCGGCAGUCGUUUCAUGGCGGACUAUGCUCCGGUGGCCAAGGAUCUCGCUUCGAGGGAUGUUGUUGCCAGGGCAAUGACGCUGGAGAUACUGGACGGAAGGUGAUUACCCGUGAGAACGAGACCGACAGAAUAUUGGACCGGCUUUGGACCGCAGGUGAAACAUCGUGCGUAUCGGUUCACGGUGCGAAUCGUUUGGGGGCCAACAGUCUCAUAGAAACACUCGUUUUUGGAAAGGCCAUUGCCGACAAUAUAGACUGCGUGAUGCGUCCCGGCGAACGUCACGGCAAACUAAGUCCCGAUAUCGGACAACAAUCUAUAUGCAGAUUCGACGCAACCCGUUAUGCUCAGGGCGAUAUCCCGGUGGCUGUUCUUCGGGACGAAAUGCAAAGGACUAUGCACAAAUACGCAUCGGUUUUUCGUACCUGCGAUAUUCUUCAGCGCGGUUGUCGGGAAUUAACGAGACUAUACACUUGCAAUCUACCCAAUUUGUGUGUACAAGACUCUUCGUUGAUAUGGAAUACGGAGUUGAUAGAGGCCUUGGAAUUACAAAAUAUGAUGCUUAAUUGCAUGCACAUAAUAUACGCCGCGGAAAACCGAAAAGAAUCGCGUGGUGCUCACGCGAGAGAUGACUUCAAGCAAAGAAUCGACGAGUACGAUUAUUCAAAACCGUUGGAUGGCCAGAAAAAGCUUCCGAUAGAGCAACAUUGGCGAAAGCACACGCUGACUUGGGCCCACGACGACGGAUCCAUAUGCAUUACUUAUCGGCCAGUAAUCGACACAACGCUUGACGAGGGCGAAGCUGAACAUGUGCCCCCAGCGAUACGCAAUUAUUAACAUAUAGAAUGUAGCUUUAAAGUAUGUUACGAGUUCAAUUAUCGUGAUACCGACAAAACGUCAAGAGCAACAAAUAGGUACAACAAUCGUUCGGAUAACGAAUGUGGAAUAGCAGAUGGCUGGUAUAAGAAUACACCGAACAUAAUUACCGGUUAUACUUAUAUAGCUAUCAGCGUCGGUUGCUUUAUCCUCGAUGUACUCAACUGUACGACUUUUUCCUCGAUCGUGUUCACGUUUCAGGUAAUUCGCGGUGUAAUGUAAAAUAAAAUAAUUUUCCUUGACGAGUCAUGUGCCCCCCGUUUGUCCGCGCAUUGUUCGAUCAUGCCUCGGUGCAGAACGAAUCGACAUGAUUUAUCUAAUUGUAAGUCAACCGAUAUAUCGCUUUAUCUGAAAGGUAUAAAAUACAGGCGAUCGCGUUGAAUGCAAUUAUUCAUACAGGCAGCGAUAUGAAUUUAUGUCUACAUUGUAAUCUGGUAGUUUGAAAGGUCAGUAAAUACUAGAAGAUAAGACUUCGUCGGUCUACUUUGGAUGUAAAUCUUCAGGUUCUACUUUCAUAAUAGUUCAGCUGCGUAUACAUUCUUUUUCUAAACCGCAUCGGAUCCUGUGCGAAAAGUUUAUAAAUAUAAAUGUGGUAACUGUAAAGUCUUCUUCGUUUUCGAUACUCGUCCGAUCCUUAUUCGAAUUCGAUAAUGAUAUUCAGGGGCACUCUAUGACUCGUGUAAAAAAUAUAAAUGACGCGAUAAUAGCGGAAUGAUAUAACGUGGCAUGUCUUUUUAUUCUUUCUUUUUUAUCCGAAUCGUUGCAGCAAGUUUGAUUGCGAUGGGCUAUUUUUAAUACUUGCUUCGGUGCCUCGUCGAAUUUUUAAAACUCAUGAAAGCUUUCCUCAAUGCAGAAGCAGUCGCAAUAGCAAUCUGUUGUGUAACAAAAUUUCAAGUAACGAAGCGAGCUCUCGCCUCAAAAUAUAAACGUGUGCAUCCAGUUACAUGAUAGCUAGUGUUGACUUUUUAGUCGACGCUUUUAUAGUAUAUAUUUGUUCUUGAUUUGAGUCAGGUGUACGCGCAAUGGCGCAAAUGUAAAUGGACGUCAGAAAGAGGAGGUGACAAUUCUUUGAUUAAGAUGAUAUGUAAAGCAAUCGCCUCCUAAAAUUUCGAAAGUCUUCAGCUCAAAUGUAAAAAUUCUACAACGGAGCGCUUAGCGCAUCUUUCAUACGUGGACAGAGCAUGCAGCUUAAAUGGAUUCAAAUGAAGGGAUGAAGACCAUUAAAAAUAGUUUUAAUCCAUCUUAGUCAGCAGAUUAAAAUGGAUUAGAGAUUUCUGGCCGCCGUUUUCAUUCUACAAAAUUUUAGUCAAACAUCCAUCUCCCAAUGCGCAUUUUUUUCCUGUAAGGUUGGCCCCACUGGGCGUAGCGACGUCUGCCACUCAGGUUCAGUGUUCACGUCGCCGUACGAGAAGUGCGCGAAUGCACUGUUGGUGUGCUGAAAUAUUCCCCUUGUAACCGAAAAAUUGAUCGAAUUUGUGAUUGAUAUCCCUUGGCAAGUCCAAGAUGAGCAUCAUGUUGAAAAUACCGGGUAUUCUGGCAAAGAAUUUAUCCUCUAAAACGGUU